GAUACCAGAGAGACUGUUUUAAAAAAAUUGCUUCCACAUAUAAAUAAAUAUAUUAAUAUUAUCAAGGUUUGUUGCUGUGAUUCACCUAGUUUUCCUUUUUUAAAGUCAUUCAUGAGUGCAAACAUUGUCAGAAGUUCUCCACAAGAGCUUGUAUUAAAGAGGGUCUAACUCCACUCUUCAGCUGCAAUAUCUACUUUGUCUGGAUUAUUUGAAGUAGCAAUCUGUUCAAAAGUAGCCAAUUGAGCUAUUUAGAAAAUCAAUACAAAUUUCAGUUUCCAAUGCAGCAGAAUUGGGCUCUCAGAACUGCCUGAAGUUACCUUUUACUGGACAGGGAUGAGACAAGGAAUUUACUUGAAAGAAGUCAAAUCAUUAUUUCAGAAUGUGUAUGAAUGUAUCAUUAAAAUGCAUAAUUAAAUAAUUAAAAAGCUGUAAGACACUGUGAUUAAUUUUUAUGAUGGAAAUUAAAGCAUUAUUAUAAUUGCUAAAUUUCUGAUUUUUUUCUUUUUUUUUUUUUUGCUAAAAGCAGAUCAUUGAUGAUAUUCUGAUUAAUCAAGAGUUCUGGUUAAUCAUCAGCAAUGUAAGAGUGAUUGAAUCUUGCUUUGUCCUUCAAAUGAAACUGCCCUCCAGGUAAAAAUGGCAAGAAACUUCCAUCACUUUCUUUUCUUUUUUUUUUUUUUUUCAUAUGAGAAAGAAAUGCAGAAAAAGUUCUUGUCUCUGAGAAAGUAAGAGUUGUUGUUAAAAAUAAGAUGCAUUACUCUUGAAAGAGCACAUGCAUGCCUGUAUUCACCAUUCAGUUACUAAAUGCAGACGACAGAUAUAUGUUGCCUUUGGGUGUCAAUAUAACACUAACAAUAAUCCAAGUUAUUUGUGUAAGUAGUAAUUCCUCUGAGAAAUGCUUAUAACAAAUACAGUGUAGAUUUUCUUAAAUGCAAUGGAAAUGUCAUAUAGUGGAGUGAAGUCUUUCAUCCAGCCAGAACAAAGAUGUGUCAGGACAAAGAAAUAUCUCACAGCUUUCCUCAGGCAUUAAUGCCAUUUUUCCCCUAUUUCAAAAGUUUGUGGUUGAUAAAAAAUGGUUUAAGGGAAAUUACAGCUGAUGUGGAAAAGUAAAACUUCUAAGUAAAAGAAAGUGAUUCAUACACGUUAGGAGAAUUUCCAUAUGAUUCUUAUUCUUUGCUCACUGCAAAAAUUGGAAGAACAUCCAAUUUAUCUCAGUCAAAUAUGGCUAAUUUUGCAGCCAUAUGGAGAACUAGGGGCCAGAUUCUUAUUCUGUGACCCUGACUUGAAUCCAGUUGUACACUGGAGUAUUAUUAGAGAUCAGAUCUCCCACUUAUGCUACUGCUUCAGUGGAUUGUACAGUUAAACCAGCAACUCCCCUUCCCACACUGCCUCCCCUGCCGGCUGCAGGCAGCCCGGCACUGCGCUGCAGUGUGUGCUCGCACAGAAAGCUGUUUGCCAGCAGAAUAAUGUCAUCAUGGCCAAAGAGAAACACCAUGGUUCAAUACAGAUUAGAGCGUGAUGAAAUUACAUUUUAUCUUUAAGUCCACUGGAGGUUUUAUACUGUGACACUAUCAAGCAGUGACUUCUCCAAGGAAAGGUUACAAGAAGGAGUUUAACAUGAUGGGGUACGGAUUACAUCUUGAAAAAGUUGAAAACAGAGGUCCCUGAGGCUUUUCAGCCUUUCUAUAGAGCAUGGUAAAUCUUGAAUGCAUAACUGAAAAUAUUUACAGUUUCAGAUUGUUCCUAAUUUGUUUGGACAAGAGUUUUUACUACUGUAAAUGCUGUGGAGGCAUAAGUGCCAUAGAUGUCUUUUUAAAAACUUACUGAUAUCAAUACAUAUGUAACACUAAUACCAUGCCAUGAGUAAAAACAAGAUUAAAUGUUUAUAUAGGAAAAGCAGUUUGCAGGGGGAAAAAUGAAAACUGCCCUUCCCAAACAAAAAAAAACCCAGUCUGUCAAAAUCAUACAUGUCUGUAUAAAGGGACAUGAGAGUGAGAGUCAGUAAAAUAGAAAGAUUUACAGUAUAGACAAUUUGAAGAAUGAUUAUCUAUACAAAUCAGAGAUGGUGCUGAAGUGGCCUCACAGAUUUCAAUACAUCCUGAAGUUCCAUUUGUGCUUAUGUCUUCAUGUGUCUGUAAACCAUCUUCAGCUCCUCACACCAGUAUCCUAUUCCACACACACACACACACACCAGAGAAACUGAAAAAUCUUUACUGGUUGACAGUGGGAAUUCAAAUUUCUACUAUGGGUUCAAGAGUCUAAAAUUAGUGUUUGGGGAAUCUUUGUGGCAUUGAUAUGCUCUCCACUACAUUACAUUCAAGUUGACCAAGUUUCCUAAUCCUACACAUAGUUAAGGGCAUCAUAUACAUACCUCAAUGCAAAAAAUAGUGCAGAUAGAGAUCUUACCAAAAAGUAAAUGCAUUUUUACUUUAAAAUAUUACAUGGUCAGAGCUGGAUAUUCUCCACUAUGACUUUCUAUGGCAAAUUCCUCAUUGAGCUGGGGGAUGGAGAAUGGAUCCAUCAAAUACUUGGUUUUACAGCUGGGUGUUCAAUACCUUGCACUGAUGUUCUUUUAAAAACUCCCUUUUUUCAGCUCAUUUUCCCCAGAACUGCUUUAGUCUUCUCUGGAAGAGAAUGGAGCCUCUCUAGAGAGACCAGCCUCACAGUUUGAAAAUCACUACUUUGGAGGAAAAAAAAAAGACUUUAAAAGAGACAAACACUCUCAGUCCAACAGGAGUAGGCCUUAAACAGAGUGGUAACUUUGUGUGAUGUAGUUAUAGCAAUUAUUAUGACAAAGUGAUAGCAGCAAACAUAAGGUACAUAAAAUGUUUUGAGGUUUAUUUAUUUAUUUUUUUAAAACAAAAUCCUGAGCUGUAGAUGUGAGAGUCUUUUUACUGUCUGUAUCUAAUUUAAGAACAGAAAUGUUUUACCUUUGUUAUUUCCAUUAAUCUGAAUGAUACCUCUGUGCAUAAGCCUACUUAUGUACAUUUAGUUUGAGGCGAUUAGGUGGCAAUGAAGGUGCUGUAUUUGGUUAUCUAAACACGUCCAGGAAAUUACCUUGAAAACAUGUACUGGAACAAUUCUAGGUAUUAAUCAGUAUGCAUUUCUACUGAAUAUAUGCUCAUAUGAAUAUAGGUUGUCCACAGACCUUGUGUCACAGCAGAAAUGUCUUUUACUCUUUUUUUUCUUGAAUUUUAGUCUGAAUUGAGUCUAAAUGUAUUAUUUGUUCUAUACCAGCAUGAAUUUUUACAGAAAUUAUCCUGAUGUGUUUGUUUCUUUCAAGAAAAUCAAUAGGGUUCUUUAUGUUUGCUUUUGUUACAAUAAAACGUAUCAGAAUCAGCAAAUGGCUCUAUAAACAAGCCCAUCUUAACAUGCAUAGCUGAGCACCGUGCCGUCUGUCUUGUUGAAGCAUAAUUGCUAUGAUAGGAUAGCUUCUGGGAAAGCGGUUCCUUUAAAUAAAUCCAUACUAAUUUUCCUUGAUGUUUAAAGCACAAUGAACAGGGAAGGAUUCCCCAAAUGUUUUGCAAAACACUCAGGUCCAUCAAUCAGAUUAAAUCAGUCAAAAAAAAGUGUAGAACUGCACCUCAAGUCUACCACAGUGAACGAUGAUGAAUGUUCAUUUUCAUCCUUCCUUGUUCCUUAAAAAAGUUACAGAAAAUUCCACAGCAACAAAGGGUUUCUAUUUCAUUUCAUAACGAGGAACACUGUGGAAAGCAACCCACCUGUCAUUUUACUGGGAGAUAUGGGAACGCCUGUGGCAACACCUCCAGAAAUUCAGCACUUGUUUCUUUUUUUUUUGCUUAUAAAAUCCCCAAACCAAGCACAACCUGAGUGAUUUCCUUUUACAGUGACCAAAUUAUUUGAUAGCAAGGGGCUGGUAAAACUGAGUUCUGAGAAUCUAAUAAUUAAAAUUAUUUUGUGUGCUCCUGAAACCCUGGGUCUUUAUGUUACUAAGGAAGGAGUUUCUUUCACUCUCUGAAGCAUUAACGUAAUUUCAGCCUCAGGAUUACAUUUGACUAAAUAUAGAUACCUGUGCUCAAUUGCCUGGGAAGGUAAACGGGAAGGAAUUAUGUCAACUGUCCCCGAUGGCUCCCCUUCAACCUGUUGUUUGACUUCAAUAUUAAGUCAGUCUUUAGCCUUUAAGUGGGUGUGUUGCUGCUUCACAUUAAGCAGGUAUAAUUACAUUCUGCAGAGCAGCAUCAGAGGCAGUGCCCAAACGUUUCUGGCAAAGCCUUUGUAUGUAAGCAAAACACGUCGGAUCGUCGCUGAAUAACCAUGAUCCAGCCUCCAGCUUUUCGUAUGUGCUGUCAGCCAUGAAAAGAAAACACUUAAAUGUCAAACGACAUAACCGGCUACAGUGUAUUUAACAAAUGAGUCGCGGGUGUCGGCCCGCCCCGGCAGCGGCGUGGCCGCGGCAUCAGCUGCCCCUCGUCCCGCGGUCCGGGCCCGGAGCGCGGCUGUCGGAGCGGCUCCGCCCGCGACGCGGAGCUCCCGCCCGGCCGGGCCGUGCCCGGGGCAGCGCCGGGGCAGCGCCGGGGCACGUGCCCGGGCUGGGAGCGGCCGCCCAGCCCCGCGCGGGCGGGGAGCGGGGGAAGGAGGCACCUGGGGCCGUGGGGGUGGGGAUGCUGGAACUUUGGGUAGGGCGGCCACGCCGAGAAGCCCCCGCCCGCCCCGGGCUGCGUGUGCUGCCGGGCACAGCCCCAUCUCCAGGAGCCGCGGAUUCACAGCCCAAGAAAGCCGUGCGCCUUUCUCGCCCCGCUCCCUUCCCACAGAGGCAGCCGGGUGGCGUUGCCCGGUGGACCGCGGCAGCGGCAGGAUCCGGGCAGAGGAGGGAUGCUCUCCGGCUGGUGUGGAGCCGCAGCCGCUCCUCCGGACCGGGCAAGGCUCCUGCCCGGUUCCCGGCGGUCCGGGCUGGCCUUCUACCGCCUCUUCCUGCAGAUCACGGCGGGAGGCAAUCGGAGGGAAGGCACCCUGCCGUGCUACCCAGGCGGGCGAGGAAACCCGGCCGUGGGCACCCGCAGGACGGGGAAGGCUCCAGCCUCGCCCGCCACCCGGGGGCCGCGGUAGCCCUGCUCCCCCACCUCUUCAGCCGCCCCCGCAACGAAAAGAGCAGCGAGGAAAAUAAAAUGGUGGGAAGGAUGUAAAGGGCCUUGGAAGGGUUAAGGGAGACUCAGACAGUACAAACCGCAAGGGGAACCGUCAUCCCGGAGGCAGGCAGAACAACCGGGAGCGAGGUGGGAGAUGACAGAGGCUGUAUCGGGGACAGGUGCUCAGCUGCGAGCUGCCUCGCUCCCUCCCUCUCUCUCUCACACACACACAGACUCGCAUCUCUCCCAGCAUGAAAAAGCGCAGGGCUAAUGAGAGGCGAAGUGAAUAAUGGGGAAGUUGUUGUCUCCAGCGAUGAGGCAAGUAAUGGGGCUGAGGCCAGCACUGAAGUUGUGUAACCAAAUUCUCCACCGUCACCCCCUCGUUUCUCCACCCUCCCCCAUUGAUUUUAAGGAGAAACCCAGCUGAGGUUGGGAGACUCUCUCCACCGCACACCCAGCAGAGAGGAGUCCUCUUCCCUCAGGCACGGGCAGGCAGCUGGCGGAGGUGUCCCCGGCGCCGCAUCCCCGCCUCCGCGCAACUUGCGGGGAGCGGAGCCGGCUGAAAGCAGGCGGAGGCGGCUCUCCGCGACCACCCACUCCGCGCUCCCCCUCGAGCACGGCAAAAGCCGGGAAGGCGGGAGGAGGGGAGAUCCAAACUUGCCAGCCCGGGGAUUGUCCCUCACACGGCAGCGAGUGCCGUUCGUGCGUGCGCGGAGAGCGAAGUGUUCCCAAACUCCGGCGCUGCCCAGGCGGCUGGAUGCGCACGGUUCCGCUCGCGGCGUCGCAGCGGCUGCUCCCCAACUCCAGGGGGCUGGUUUCUCCCGGGGGAAGUGACCGGCCGAGAGCAGAACCCUUGGGGAACACCGGCGGGAGGUGGGAGGCAGGGAGACGGGAGACCGGGCUCGAGGAGCCUGCUGUUUGCCGGCGCAGAAACGAAGCGAGGGAGAGAGCUCAACCGAGCGGCAGAGAUUUAGCUGAGGGGUUAUGAGUGCCGUAACCACAGCCUACACGAAUGCAAUGCAAGAAACCCGAA